AUGGCGUCCGGACACAAUCCUUUUCGCAAGAACUCGGCCUCCGCCGCCCUGUCACCCGCCAUGCCUCACCCCGUGACGACCUCGGCCUUCCUCGAGUCCAUCACAUCAGGCAUUUCUCGCCAGAACGCCCCCCCACCCCCCGAGCUGCGACCGGUGAAGCAGAAGGUCGUCAAGAAGGUCAGGGUGCUGUCGCCGCCGCCCUCGUCCCCUUCCUCUCCCGAGUCCGUUCACAGUCGUGGCUUUGGCCGUCAAGACAGCAGCGACGACGAUUCACACGAUGACGACGACGACGACCACUUCUCAAAGAGGUUCCCCGAGCUCCCCGGCGGCCUACCCGAGGCUGCCCCCCUUCGUAUUGCCAAUGCGAGCGGCACCCCCGAGAACCCCUUUGGCAAGACGCUGCAGGACUUGGAGGUCCUGACGGCAGAGAAGCCUUCGCCCGCCGCAGCCGGGAAGUCUAUGGACGUCAACUCAUUCAAGAUGCUGCUGCUCACCGGUCAGGCUGGUGCCGGAACGCCGCCCCCGCAAAACUCGCAACUGCACCAAAACUCGACCCCCGGUUUCCCGACCGAUGCAUCUUAUGCUGCCCCCGGGCUGGAUACGCCUCGGACAUCGUUGGACAUGGCAGAUCGUCGUGCAGACGAACAACGCUCUCUGCUGUCAUCACCCACAGCUGCCAAGAGAAAGCCCCCUCCUCCGAGCUCAAGGCACGGCAGGAAGAUCAGCGUUCAAACGCCGGAACGCCCGCACGUCUCUUCCGAGACGGCGUCGCCCGUAUCGCCAUCUGACACGAACAAGCCCCUCCCGCCGGCCCCUAGCGGUCAUGGCCUGGAUGACGCGGAAGAUGUUUUCGCCCGAGAGGCCGCUGGCAAGGUUCCGGAGCUGGACUCCCCCACUCUCAACACCACGCCCACUCCGACCCUUCCGGCGACUACCAAAAAGCCGACGCCCGCCCCUCCGCCACGCCGAGGUCAUGCCCGUAGCCAAUCGUUGACCCCCUCUGCCGGCGCAACUGCUCCGAGCACGGCGAACUACGAGGCCGAUACCCCGCCUCGCUCGUCCAUGGAGUCUCAGCGAUCGCGUUCCGAGAGCUUCCGGAGCAUCAACGCCCCGGCCCCACCGCCUCCAAGGCGUCCGCAUGCAUCGCACCGGCAGUCGUACCAGCUGGCGUCGCCUUCGAAUGCAUCCUUCAACGGCGCCAGCCCGGCUCCGUCCGAUCUUGAGGCUCCUUUACACGCUGCGGCGAACACCCCUCCCAAGAUCUCGCCCCCUCCGCCGCCCCCGGCGCGUCACACAUCCAUACGUCGACCUCCAAGCGUGAGAAGCAUUGAAGCCCCCAGCAGAAAGAUCAGCAUUGGCAAAGAAACCGCCGCUCCUCCGCCGCCGCCGCCGCCGCCGCGACAGAGAGGCAGCAGCCGCGGAAGCAUGGAUGGGUACGGAGUGAGGAGGACGAGCAUCGACAGUACCAAGGCCAUGGGCAGCAACGUUCCAGAGGAGUCUGGUGUCGAGGAAAGCGUACAGGAUCACGGCACAGCAGAUGGUGGAAUGGCGGCAGAUAUUCUCGCAGACCUUGACGCGUUGCAGAGAGAGGUGGAUGCGCUAAGGGCGUCACAGGGUAAAUAA